AUGGCAGACUAUCCACCAGGGCGACAAAUUCCACCUCGUCCUAACCAAUAUGGCCAUUCUUCGAACAAUGAGCGAGAGGCCGCCUACUCCAACAUUUUCGGUGCCCCUCCUCAAGGCAGAUCUCAGACCAUGUCUUCGUCCACCGCUCAUCCGGGACCGAUGAAUCAUGGUCGCACCCAGACGAUGAGCUCGCAGGCUUCUGGGCAGUAUGAUGGGAUACAACGGUCACCCCCUCCUCGCCAGCAGGAAGGUGGAUAUCCUCAGUCGUCCGGAUACAUGCCUAAUGGCGGCGGUAUGCAGAAUGGGUACCAUCAAGGAUCAAGACAGCCGGCCCCUGGCCAAGUUCAGUCACAACCACAACCUCAAUACCUGCCUCAACAAGUACGGCCAGAUCGUCGGCCAUAUGCAUCUCCAAAUCGGGUCGAUCCUCGUGGCCCUCCUCAGCAAGCUCAGUUUGCACAGAGAAAUCCUGCACCUCGCUAUCAUUCUGGUAACCAACCUGGGCCGGCAAUGAACUCGGAUCCAUACCGAUCACAAUCUAUGGCAAGCAUGACAAGGCCUCAGAUGAAUGGACCAACACCCACCAACUAUCCACAGGCACCAGCAAAUGCGUUUAGGCAGGCACAAUACUCAUUUGCUUCUAGCCAAACCGCGCAAGGUCGUGUUGUGCCACAAAGAAAUGACGAGCGGGCGAUGUCAAUGACUAGCUACCCUCCGCCUAAUGAUCAACAUCAGACAAUGAGCGGGCGAGUGAUUCCCAACAGAAGGACGGCCUCUCAAUCCGGGCAAGGAGCGCAAAUGAACGGCAUGCCAAUCAUUGCCCCAAGAAGCCCUGCUACACAGACUCGGACUCCCAGUAUGGCUUCAAGUACGGUGGGAGAUACAAGUAGGACCAUGUCUAUGGCCUCGACAAUAGCCGCAAGUGAACGAACCGACUCUCUCGCCCAUCGCCCAUCCGUGGCCACAUCUGUAAGCAGCGGCAAGGAAAGGCGGCAAAAAUCCCCACUUGUGUAUCCUGCCUUGUUGUCACGAGUUGGCGAAUGCUUCAGAGACAAGAUUACCGUCGGGGACAGGACGAAGAACGACCUCACUUACAAGAAUGCGUUCAGUGGAGCGGACGCCGUUGAUGUGAUAUCCUACAUCAUCAAAACCACCGACAGAAAUCUCGCUUUGCUCCUCGGUCGCGCAUUGGAUGCUCAAAAGUUUUUCCACGAUGUUACAUACGACCAUCGACUCCGUGACUCCGCAACAGAAAUGUAUCAAUUUAGAGAGACCAUGAUGGAUGAACCGCACGAGGCUCCGGAUGUCAACGGCGUUUUUGUUCUCCUUACAGAGUGCUAUUCUCCAACAUGUACAAGGGACCAGCUAUGCUACUCGAUUGCCUGCCCAAGAAGAUUAGAGCAGCAAUCAAGGCUGAAUCUCAAGCCGCAGCCUGGACUUCGGAAGGAAGAUGACGAGGCCAGUUUGCAUGACGAUAAUGACGCCCCUGAUGAGCAAAAGCUUUGGAUUAACACUGUAUCGCAAGAAAUUGCUGAUAGUGUUAGCGAGCGGGAGAAGAAGCGACAAGAAGUUAUCUCUGAGAUCAUGUAUACAGAGAGAGACUUCGUAAAGGAUUUGGAAUACUUGCGAGACUUCUGGAUCGUGCCCCUACGUUCUUCGAACCCGGCGGCACCGUCCCCGAUUCCGGAAUCAAGAAGGGACCGUAUCGUCAAAGAAAUUUUCACGAACAUUGUUGAUCCUCCAAGUAUCCAUGCGGUCAGUUCCAGAUUUGCUGAUACUCUAACCAAAAGACAGCAAAAGCAACCUGUGGUGCAGUGCGUGGGCGACAUAUUUCUUCAAUAUGUGCCACAAUUCGAACCCUUCAUCAUCUACGGGUCCAACCAACUGUCUGCUAAAUUCGAGUUCGAAAAUGAGCGCUCUACGAACCUUCAAUUCUCCAAAUUUGUAGAUGAGACUGAACGCCGAAAGGAGUCGAGAAAACUAGAACUCAACGGUUAUCUGACCAAACCUACAACCAGACUCGCUCGCUAUCCGCUUUUGCUGGAGAAUGUCAACAAAUACACGGAACCUGGUAGUCAAGACCUCGAGGAUAUCCCAAAGGCGAUGAAGAUGAUUCGAGAUCUGUUGUCACGGGUCAACGCAGAAUCCGGAAAAGCGGAAAAUCGGUUCAAUUUGAAGAGACUUCACGAGCAGCUCAGGUUCCGACCAAACGAGCGUGUGGACCUGAAAUUGACAGACCCCGGGAGAGAAUUGGUUUACAAGGGUACCUUGAAGAAGGCCCCAACGGAUCCAACAGCAGACAUACAGUCCUACCUCUUCGACCAUGCAAUGCUUCUUGUCCGUAAUAAAAUUGUUGGCAAGAAGGAGGAGCUCAAGGUGUACCGAAGGCCUAUUCCGCUCGAGCUGCUGUCAAUUCGUGAGAUGGAGGAAGUUAAUCCUAGGUUUGGUGUUGUGAAGCGCCCCUCUUCGAGCUUGAUUCCCGGAGCGAAGGCGACGACAGCUGACAACUCCAAAAAGGAGGGGUUUCCGAUCACCUUCAGACAUCUCGGCAAAGGCGGCUACGAGUUGACUCUCUAUGCAGGAACCCAAGGCUCGAGGCAAAAGUGGAUGGAGCAUAUUGGGGACCAACAAGCUAUUUUGAGGAAACGUGGAGACUUCUACAACCGAUCCAUUAUAUCGUGCGAUUUCUUCACGGCCGCCAACAGAGUAAAUUGCGUGUCGCCCUUCGAUGGUGGGCGUAAACUCAUCUACGGAACUGACUCCGGAAUCUAUGUUUCAGAUCGUAGGUCAAAAGAUUCAGCUGCUAAGCCUGUGAGGGUACUAGACGCCACGAAUGUCACCCAAAUCGAUGUUCUGGAGGAGUAUCAAUUACUCUUGGUGUUGUCGCAGAAGUCUUUACUUUCUUACCCAUUGUCUGCUUUGAACCCCGCCGAGUCGCCCUUGAAUAAGAGACCCAAAAAGAUACAGAGUCAUUGCAAUUUCUUCCGUACGGGAAUAUGCUUGGGACGACAUCUCGUGUGCUGUGUGAAGUCUUCGGCACUCUCGACGACGAUCAAAGUCUUCGAGCCCAACGAUGCUAUGUCUAAAGGCAAGAAGCAAAAGGGUUUCAAGAUGUUUAACAGCGGACAAGAUGAGCUCAAGGCAUUCAAGGAGUUCUACAUCCCAACGGAAUCUUCAUCGAUACAUUUCCUCAAGUCGAAACUCUGUGUGGCAUGUGCACGUGGAUUCGAGGUGGUUUCCCUUGAGACACUAGAGACACAGUCUCUUCUAGAUCAAGCCGACACAUCUUUGGAUUUCGUAGCUCGAAAGGAGAACGUGCGACCUAUCCAUAUUGAACGUCUCAACGGCGAGUUCCUUCUCAACUAUUCCGAGUUUUCGUUCUUUGUCAAUCGCAAUGGCUGGCGUGCAAGACCGGAUUGGAGGAUAGACUGGGAGGGCCAGCCGCAGAGCUUUGCGCUUUCGUACCCUUGGAUAUUGGCGUUCGAGCCCAACUUUAUCGAGAUCAGAAACAUCGACACCGAUGGAGUACACAUUGUGCCACAUAAGAGCAUCCGUAUGCUGCACACAAGCACACGAGAGAUACUCUAUGCAUAUGAAGAUGAGCGUGGUGAAGACGUUGUGGCCGCCAUCGACUUCUGGGGGGCCGGUAACCGGCAAUCAUCUCUAGUGCCUUCAGACCGCGAUUCUCUAGGACCUUCGCAGGCUUCUUCACGGCACUGA